GGGAUGAAGCGAUGCGUGUCAUUGCGCGCCGAGGCAGCCAGUCGUUCGCGAGAAAGAAAAGAGUGAGGAGUAUAUCAUUUCGGAAGUUAACAUGGCGUCGUAUCGAAACGUGCCACCACUGUGUACAACGAAGCAUUAAAAUUGCGGUACGAUAUGCGGUCUACGUCUGGUGUAAGAAAACCAUUGCCAUUUGUCGAGUGAAUUCCCAAAAUUGUGACGGUUUUGUCGAAAAAAGGAAAACGAGGAAAACAAAAAAAAAAGAAAAGAAAGAAAAAAGAAGAAGAAAAAGUACAACGAUCGUUUGGUCAAAUGACAUGGGAAUUUGCAGUAGGAGACACUUUCUAUUGACGAUAUGCAUUCUGCAACUUAUUACCACUGUAGAGCGUCAAGUUUUCGACUUUCUGGGGUUUAUGUGGGCCCCGAUACUGGUCAAUUUUUUUAACAUAAUAUUUGUUAUUCUUGGAUUUUUUGGGAGCUUUCAAUACAGACCUAAAUAUAUCAUAUCGUAUUGUAUAUGGAACACACUUUGGUUAGGGUGGAACAUAUUUAUGAUAUGUUUUUAUCUCAGUAUAGGAGUACUGGAUAAAAAUAGUGAUAUUUUAAAUCUUGGUACCGGUAGUUUUUCCUGGUGGCAUGUAAAUGGACCUGGUUGUAAAGCUGUAUAUGAUGUUACUGAACCAGAAUUAUUCAGGCCAGCACGUCCCAGUAAUGUGACGGAUUGUGUACUGGAUUAUGAAGUAGUAGAAAUCCUACAUGCAUCUACACAAUGUCUUUUAGGGUUAAUGGCAAUUAUAGGAGGGAUUUGUCUAAGUAAGGUCUUUUUAGAAGAAGAUGAUAGCUUUGACUUUGUUGGCGGUGAUGACUUUGGGUUGGCAGGCCACACACAGUUGCAUCCUAUGUAUGUUAGUUAUUCGGCACUUCCACCACCUUCUCAUCCAUAUAAAAAUUCCAAUCAAGAUUAUCCUGCAGGCACAACUAGCUCACACCAAUCUGGUUAUCGAGAUACAACUUUUCCAAAAAGAAAUGACAAAUCAUUUAAUAGUAUCAGUAAUAGUAAAAAUAGUAACAGAGAUGAUACUAUCAUAAGUAAUAGAAGUAAUCUAUCCAAUAACGAUAUGAAAAACGUGGAAUAUUCGACCGAUUAUUCGAAUCCUUUAGAUCAUCUUCAAAGACCUAUUUCACCAUAUGAUGAAUAUGAUUCUUUGGAUAGUGCGGCAAGAUUAAAAUAUCAAAAGAAUAAAUUGUAUUAUCCACAUUCUUCAAAGUAUGUUUCUGUUACAACUACUAAAUGUAAAACUCAAUCAAGUCAUGGAAAACCAACCAGGACACCUAGCAAACCUAGAAUUUUUACAGAUCAUAUCCGUGAACAGCCUUUAAGAUCAUUUUACUCUGAUCCAAAAUUGGCCAUUGAUCGUCAUCAAAGUAUGAAUAAUCAUGACAGACCAAAUAAAUCUAAAAGAGAAAGUAGACCUCUAUCGUUAUGUGCAAUACAAAUUAAGAAGAAGAAGAAAAAGCAGCCUCGGCCGUUGUAUAGCAUCGAGUAUUCUCAACCAGAGCCUCCUGUACAUGACGAUAGUGUAUCACCUAAGCCAAUGACACCUCGAAGAGUUAAGAGACGUUCUGUGAUAUCACGAGAUGGUACACGUCGAUCCAGUCGAAGAAGUUCAGUCAGACAAUCCCGUCGAAAGAAUCCAGUUAAUCGGAUAAUGGACCAUCAGGAGAGUCUUUAUGCUAAUACAGCACCAAGUAAUUUAACCAAUCAAAACGUAAACUCUUUGUCUCAAGGAACAUUGAAUUAUGAUAGGAUUUCAGUAAGUUGGGACAGAGAUAGAAAUUCUAAUUGGCAGCCAGAAGCUGUGAACAUGGCUGUCUCUUCGCCAACGCUUUGGACUGGACAGGAUAGUAACAAUUAUUCGAACACAAGUAAUUAUUCCAAUCAGAAUCUCCCUAUUUGGGAUGGAAGUAGCUCAACGAGAAAUCUCACUGACAAUUGGCAAGAAAAUGAUCUGAAUACUAUGCAUUGGCAAGGUCAGAGCAAUCCAACUUUUCAACAAACUAGUACUCAAAGCUUGAAUGGCGAAGAUCUUGAAGAUUUGUAUAGCAAUCGGCCUGCUAGUGCUAGAUCAAGUUAUAGCAAUUAUCAUGGUGUCAGGGCUACACCUCAGGUACCUAGCAGGACCGAUAUUGUUAGGCAAAGUCAAAGACAAUUUGUUCUUAGUGGACCACCAGCGUAUCAGGAUACAGUGAUAUGAUAUUUUAAUAAUGUCCUAAUAGAAGCCUAGCAUCCAUUUUUUUUUGUUCCUCAUUGAAAAUGAGAAGGCUAGUUUUUUUUAUCAUUUUGAUGAUUUUUAAAGCUUUACUUUGAUACGGACUGACACAAGAGGAAUAGACUUUGUACAGAUUUUAUUUAAGACUUUUAAGCAAACUCUUUAUUGUGCGUUGCUGUUGAAUCAGGCUCUUUUUUCUUUUUAGCAAUUUAUGUUUUUGAGAAGUUAGGAUAAUAACUUGCGAAUUUCAAAAUAUUAUAAAUUAUCUUAUGGCAGAUUUGUAUCGUUUUACACAAAAAUACUUAUUUAAAUGUAUGAACUUUAUACUCUUAUCUAUUUUGGAAACAAAAGAAAAGAUUUCUAAAUUUUUAUUUAACAGAACAAUUUUUUAUUUUUUGAUAUUCACAAAUUGUAAUCCUAACUUCAAACAAUUUAUAUAUUAUACAGAGUAAUCUAUAUAAAACAGGUAAUCUCAAUCUUUUAUAAUAAAUAAUAAAAAAUAUUGGAACAAUCCUGUUUUUAUAGGUUUACUCAAUAUAUAUACAUAUAUAUUUACCGACAUCAUGCCUUGAAUCUCAGGUUUUAGAAACAUUGAAAAUUUUACACCACUAGGGAUAUAUGCAUAUUAGUACAAUAUACUAUCAACGUAUAUUAUUUUUAUCAGCGAAUUUAACGACACAGCCAUUAUUGUAAUUUAGAAAAUAUUUCUCUAAACAUUCUCGUUAUCAUUUCUAUUCUUGAGAAUGGCUAUAAUCUUAUUCGUUGUGAAUGAAAGUUAACAAUUUUUAUUAUAUAUAUAUUAUGCAUUAAAUCAAAACAUUGCACCUCUUAAGUCAUCUGUAAAUAAAAAAAAAAGAGGAAAUAAUCUCUCACAAAAGUAAUCAAAGAAGACAAUCAUUUGAUUAUUCUUUCAAUAUGCAAUAUUUUCAUUGAAAUUUUUAAAAGAAAAUAAAAUAAAUAAGGAAAAGAGAAAAAAG